UUGAAAAUUCUACCUCGUAAAAAUAUUAUCUUAAGUGAUUAAAAGCUUCUUUUUCCAAUUUCAAAGAAUUUUGGAUUGAUUAUCACCGCCCUUAUGGCUCUCUAAACGCAUAUCGGAUCGAAAAACCCAAUAAUUUUAGUAGAAAACUAGAAAUUGAAAAACCGAAUCACCCUUCGGAAGCCAUGAACAUACACACUUACCGGUGCUAUUGGUGAUUUGGUUGUAAUGGAAGAAAUUCAAUCGUUUGGAGGAGGAAAUUCAUGGGGAGAUAUCAUUUCUGACAAAGUUUUCUCUCUCUUCAACUCUCUUCCUAAAAAGGGCAAACCUCAAGGCCGUGAAGUCACUGUUUUGGCUGCUUUUCUUCUAUCGUCUCCUUCGCAAUAUUUGGAGGUGGUUGCUUUGGGUACUGGGACUAAGUGUUUGCCCAGAUCAAGUCGGAGUUCAAAUGGGGAUGUUGUCAAUGAUUCUCAUGCUGAGAUUAUUGCUAGAAGAGCUUUGUUAAGGUUCUUCUAUUCACAAAUUCAUUCUUAUUGCGAUUUAAGUGAGCAACCACAAGGUGCCAAUGGCAGAAAGUUGCCUAUUUAUUUGGAGACUGAUGGGUCUGGUCAAGGGCGAAACAAGAUCAAAGAGGGUUGGAAUUUACAUAUGUAUAUUUCACAGCUUCCAUGUGGAGAUGCUUCACUUAGUUUGCCACAAUCGUUGAGAAAUAUUUCCUUUGGAGAAGAGGUCCCAGCAUCAUCAACAAAUGUGUUUCAUCCUCCCGGAGAAAAAACUUCCGAAGCUUUAUUGAAGAAGAAUGGUGACUGUCCAACAAUUACUGGCUUAGUUCAAAGAAAGCCUGGCCGUGGUGCCACGACUUCUUCUGUUAGCUGUUGUGACAAAAUAGCACGCUGGAAUGUUGUUGGAAUACAAGGUGCAAUGCUUUCCUACCUGCUCCAACCUGUUUAUACAGUCACCAUUGGGCAAUCAUGCAGUAGUUCUCAAACCCUUUCUCUGAAGGAAAACUUGAGGAGGGCAUUGUAUGAUAGGCUAAAACCUAUAUCAAAUAUGUUAGUUGAUCCUUUUCUAAUUAAUGAGCCUUUAUUUUUUGAAGCUCCUGUCCCACCUAAGGAAUUUCAGCAUCUUGGUUCUGCUCAGGCGACUUUAACGUGUGGGUACUCCAUAUGCUGGAAUAAACAUGAAUUACAUGAGGUUAUCCUUGGGACAACUGGAAGAAAGCAAGGAACCUCUUCAAAGGGAGCAUUAUUUCCAUCCACGGAGUCAUCCUUGUGCAAGAGGAGAUUGUUGGAAUGUUUUUUGUCAUCGAGGUGCAAUUCUUUGGAUGAUUGGAAAAACAAAACGAUGUCAUAUAGAGAACUUAAGGAAAAUGCUCAUGAGUACAACCAAAUGUCUAAGAUAUUGAAGGGGAGCUCAACUUUCUGCAAUUGGCUCUUGAAACCUGUUGAUUCUGAUAUGUUCUCUAUUAGCCUGUAGAGAGCCGGGGAGAUAACGUGAAACUCGAGAAAAUUCUUGCAGCAACAUGUAGCAUCACUUGAGCAAUCAAAGGCGUAAACAAUGUGACCCCUAUACGUUUCAACAUCAUAUACACAAGAAGGAUCAUCUUUGGAACAUGCAAUACGUUGGCCUAAAAUACAAGAAAAAGGUGACUUGUGGCCCCACUUGUUACGAAAUCAAUGUCUUUAAUACCAUUGUUUUGCUUCCUACUUUCUAUUGUAGUUAGAUUGAUUAAAAUCUACAGUAUAUAUGAUACACUUUUAGAGUUUUAGGCAUAGGCAUCACAGACCCUGACUGCCAUGAAAAACGAGUUUAAGUUCUUUGGUCGGAAAACUUUGGGUUAUGGAAGUUAUCAUGCACUCGAUUGGCUAAACAUAGUCACAGGACCACGAUGUCAAGAGUCGAAGAAACGUGCUGUAGCUGUCAAUGUCUUGUUCUGUCUAUUCUUGCUCUUCACCCUCUUAUUUUGCUACGAACUUUUUGUUGGUUGGAGUAAUUCUGUAAGUCAAAUUUUAAACUUUGUUUUUAAA